UAUUUUGCGAAAUAUUAUAUAAUUUUUUUUCUCUGUUCUCUCUUUUUCUCUUUCUUUGUCUCUCUGCAAUUAAAACCCUAAGUCGCUUAGCUGCACUUUCUUUCUCCACCGUUUUCUCUCUCUCUAACCCCCCCCCAAAAUUCAAACCCUAACAAUCUGUUUCUCUCUCUUUCAUUCUUCUCUCUCUCUAAUGGAGACGGCGCGGGAAGCGAGGCAGUCGUAUGAAGGAGCGGGAUUGGGUGCAGGAGGGAAGUUCCGGAAGAAGCCCUUCAGGAGGACGACGCAUUCGACUCCAUACGAUCGGCCGCCGACGGCUCUCCGGAACCCUACCGGCGGUUGGCUCUCGAAGCUGGUCGAUCCGGCGCACCGCCUCAUCACCUCUAGCGCCCACAGAUUUUUCUCCACCUUUUUCAGAAAACGCCUCCCUCCGCCUCAGCCACCGUCCACGGAGGCAAAUUCUGAAGCAAGUAAUAGGCAACAAGAAGCAAUUACCACAGACAAUCCUGGUGGGCGGCUAGGAGCUGUUGACCAAAGUGAUGCUCCAAGUAAGAGUUCUAAUGGAGGCGGGUUGAAUGAGCUUGAACAAAUUUUAAAGCGGAAAACCUUUAACAGAUCUGAGAUUGAUCGUUUGACUGCCCUUCUGCAUUCGAAAACAAUUGAUACAUCAAUUGAGAAUGGAGAAAAAAGUUCUGAAGCGAUCCCUUUGAAAUCAUUUAUGUCUCAUCACAAACAGGAUGCUUUUCCUAAAAUGCAUGCACGAGCAAAUGGAAUAGAGACCCAUCUUGUUUCUACACCGGCUGUGGGCUCCAGUGUCCUUGAUGAGGAUGUUGCUUCGCCUGCGGAGCUUGCAAAAGCUUACAUGGGCAGUAGGCCUUCAAAAGUGUCCCCGUCAACACUAAGCUUUCGAAGUCAAGCAUUCAGGGAAAAUUCAGCUGCUUUGAGCAGUCUACCUUUUCCUUCAAAAUUACCCAUUACACCACUUGCACCAAGAACUUCUGGCCAUGCAGAUGCUUCAGCAAAUGGUUUUAUUACCCCAAGAUCUCGUGGCAGAACUGCUAUAUAUACUAUGGCUAGAACGCCAUAUUCUCGAGUGCACCAAACAACUUCCUUGAAGGGUGUUGGGUCUGCAGUUAGUGCUUAUGGCGGACCAUUAUCAUCUCAAUUUGCCAGGGAGCAAAGCCUAUUUUCUUCAUCUAAACAAGGGUCUUUGAAGCGCCGGAGUUCUGUGUUAGACAAUGACAUUGGAUCGGUUGGUUCAAUACGUAGAAUUCGUCAAAAACAAAGCCUUCUAUCUUCUAGAGGCUUGAGUCCACCUGUUUCUGGUAGCCUUUCUAUUUCUGGUACUGGACUUAGUUCUGUGGCUGCUCAAAAACCAUCAUCUUCAAUACAGAAGCUGAAUUCAUUUGGUGAACUUAAGAAUGAUUACAGGAAAGCUUCAACUGAAAAUGAGGAAGGCACUUUGCCUAGUACAAGUUUCUCCUCUGUUCCAACAAAGUCAAGUGAGAUGGCUUCUAAAAUAUUGCAGCAACUUGAUAAGUUGGUCUCACCAAAAGACAAAUCUUGUGGACCAAAGCUACUUACUUUAAUGGAUAAAUCACCUACCAAGCUGUCACCAUCCAUGCUUCAUGGAAAGGCUCUGAAAAGUCUUGAGGCUGUUGAUUCAUCAAAAUUUUUUGUUGAUGUACAAGACAAUAAGUUGGAUGGUUCACUUGACAAGACAAUACCCGAUGCUCGAGAGUCUACUUCUCCUAAACAAGACAUGGUUAAAGAAAAUGGUCCGUUAAAGAUUGUUGCUUCUUGUGAAAAGUCUACUGCUAUGGUGAAUGGUGUAGAUUCUGCAGUGCCAAAGAAGAAUACAUCGAUGUGCAUUGAAACUACAGUUUCCACUACACCAAUCUUUGUUGCCUCUCCUCCACAAAAGAAGUGCGCUUUUCGUAUGAGUGCACAUGAGGAUUUUUUGGAGCUGGAUGAUGAUGUAUAUGCUAAUGGUGGUGCCAUAUCUCAUUCAUUGACCGAUGGGAGACAAAAGGUGGAUACAUUGUCGGCAGAGAGGAAGAGCCACAAUACCGAAGCUGUUAGAUUGGAGAAGCCCCCUGCUUUUGUGGAAUGCAAACCUUCUAUAUCUGCAGUGAAUAGAAAAACUGAUCCACAAACCUCUGAUGGAUCUGUAUGUGCUGAGAAAAAUAGCAGCGUUGUCAUUACUGGUGCAUCUUCCCCUAGCAUGUCUGUUUUGCGCACUGAGGCUGCAGCUCAGUCUUCCUUGACAUCUGAUGUGGCUUCUCCACCCAAGGUGUCAAAUGUUGCUCAACCCAUAUUUAAUCUUGGGGAUAAAGUUGCAUCGAUGAAAGAUUCAAAUGCUGCUUCUUCCAUAUAUGCUUUUGGCUCUAAAUCUGUUGACAAAGUUCCAGAGACAUUUACAACAUUUGCUUCCACCCCAGCAGUUGUUACUGAAUCAGCAGCCACAGUAUUUGGUUCUUUUUCAGACCCAAAGCCUGAAACCUCAAGCAGCUUUCCGACGGUGCCAGCCAAUGCAACAGAUUCUGUACUUAAAGUGCCCAAGCCAUCGAAAGUUGGUAUUAAUGACGUUUCAGAUUAUGGGGUGUUUUCUAAUAUACCUGAAACUGGACUUCCUUCUCCUUUCUCAACACCAACACCAACACCAACACCAACACCAACACCAACACCAACGCCAACGCCAACGCCAACGCCAACUCCUAGUACAUUCUCCUUUGGCAACCAUCCUAAUAGUUCUAUUCUUAAUAAUGGAUCUUUAGCUUCAACUUCUGCUACCCCUGUAGAUUUCAAUAGCUUGAAAAGUCAAAAUUCAUCCAGUAGUUCAACAAUCACCAGUGUUGUUAGCCGUAUUUCCACCCCUAGUGUCAGUACUGCUUCCACCAUCCUUGCCUCCAGUGGCAGUCUCUUGACCUCGACUCCUGCAUCUUCAUUUCCAGCUGUAUCAGUUUUUAAAUUUGGUUCUACAGCUUCAACUGCGGUUGCACCAGUUUCAGCCACGUCGGACUUGCCAUCCACAGAAAGCAUGGCCAAGGACACAGGUUUUGGUAUAAGUGGCACACCAUUUAGUGUCACAGCUCCUGCCACUGCAAGCACUGGCAGUAGCAUUUUUGGGUUUGGUGCAACUGCUACUUCAACUGCUGAUAACCAAUCUAAGAGUUCUACUUUCGGUGCUGGCAGUGGAUCUAUGCCUAAUAGUCAGGCAUUGUCUGUUGGGACUGGGAAUGCAUCCUCCACUAGUAUACCUAUUCAAUUUGGUUCAACCUCAUCUUCUCCAUCCUCAGGUUUGGCUGGGAAUAGCAUCUCUACUGGCAGUUCUAUCUUUGGUUCUACUACUGCUGCUAAAGUGUUUGGUUCAGGAACUACUGGACUUGGUUCCUCUGCUUCGGCAUCAGAUACCAACCCCAUUAGCUCCAGUAGCGGUACUCCUGCAGGCUUGUUGGGUACCAGUUGGCAACCUGCAAAAUCUUCCAUAUUUGGUUCCACAUUCAGUUCUGCAUCACCAUCUUCUGGAUUUUCCUUUGGACCAUCCACAGCUUCUGGUGCUACAACGAUCAAUCCACCUAUGGUUUUUGGGGCGUCCACAGGUUCUGCUGCUACCACAAACAGUGGACCCAUGGUUUUUGGGGCAACGACAAGUUCUGUUGCUGCCACAAAUAGUGCACCUGCAUUUUUUGGAUCAUCCAAUGGUGCAUCAACAAGUUCCAUUUUUUCAUUCAGUUCACCCUCCGUUAGUGCCUCAACACAGCCUUCGUUUGGUAACCCUAGUUCUGCUUUCUCAUUUAGUUCUUCUGCCCCAGCUAAUAAUGAUCAAAUGAAUAUGGAAGACAGCAUGGCUGAGGACACUGUAGCAUCAGUACCUUCGGUCCCAGUAUUUGGUCAACAACCAGUCUUGCCUUCACCCUCUCCAUCUCCAUUUCAAUUCGGUUCAGCGGGUCCAUCGGCAAGUACUCCAUUUCAAUUCGGAAGCCAAUUGAAUGUGCCAGCCCCUCAGAACCCUUCUCCAUUUCCAGUCUCCAGUAGUAUGGGAUUACUUCCUGAAGGGAGUAACUUCUCCAUGGGAAGUGGUGGUGGUGGUGGUGGUGACAAGUCUAAUAGAAAAUUUUACAAGAUUAAAGGUAAGCAGCGGAAGAAGUAAUUGCACUGGCAGUGUUGGUGUUUCCUCAUCAAAUUUCGUAGUGAAUUGCGAUUGUGCAAAACAAUUUUUACCAUUGCAAUACCCCGCCAGCAGGAGGUUGCUGGUUAUGUUGGUCAUCCUGAAUUAUUUGAACGUGAUCAGCUUCUAUAAAGUCCAGAAGGUCAGACGAUUCUGUUUUCUCCUCCUAAAUAUUUCUCUUAAUUUUUUUUUUUUUGGGCUUUUUCUUUUACUUUUGUUUCUUUUUAAGGGAAAAUUAUGGUCGCACUGCCAGCAUAAGUUUUCACAAUUUUGUAUCAAUCUCUCUCUAUCUAGUGUAAGGAACGUUUAUGCUUUGUACUAGUACAUGUAGGCCAUAGAUUUCUGUUUUGGCGAUAAAUGUGCUAUUCACUCUGUUCUGUGUACUCUGCUAUUUGUAUCAUAAAAAAGGAAAACGGUUAUGUAUCUCUCUCAAACAAAAGCUUCUAUGCUUGUUCCUUUCCGGUGUGUCGGGAUGCAUCAGGCACUGAAUUUUUUUA